AUGCAUUUACCUGACUCAGCAUUAGUACCAUCACCAUAUACCGCGAAUCCUCCUCAGCCAAUUUCGGAAGUCCAGGUUCCCCGAUUGCCACCAGUCAUUUUCGAAAAAGAAACGCCAUUGAUCAAUUCUAUCGAAGCAGCAAUUGCAGAAACGCCUCCUCAGCUAGUUCCGGAAGUACAAGUUCCCCAGCCAUCGCCAAUUCGUUUCGAACAGGAAACGCCAUUAAUCAAUAUCAUCCAAACAGCUAUUGCAGAAACACCAGCUCGAACUUCAAUGAGCUCUGACUCCACGUCGGUACAUGGUAUUUUCUCUCCUAGUGGUGAGGAGUUGUCAGAUGGUGAAAUGGACUUGAACGAUAUCGGAGAGGAUUCGAGAUGUACCCGAAUGGACUUCGAUAUAGAUUCGGAUGAGGAACAGCUUGCUAACAUCACUUCUCGAUCACUCGAUCAUGAUUCAAGAAUAUCACAAAUGCUUAACUCGAAGUUGCUGAAUAGGAUACAAACAGCGAUACGGAUAAAUUCAAAUGUUCACGAACACAAACGUUUGACUACCAAGUUGUCAAUUCUGGACAAUUAUAUUCCACUCUUUUUCUACAACCUACUCGAUUCCGAUCCUGAUAACACUCUCGGAUUAUAG